AUGGUCGGUUUGAAUUUUGCGCCAAUACCGCGGUGCAGCAAAAGUGCAUUUAUUUUGGUGCAAUGGGUUCAUCAGAGCGCCUACAGAAGCAGCUGCAAAGUAGGAUUAUUUAUUAUUUCGUUUAGCCGGUGGGUAGCGUUAGUUGCAGCAGCUGAUAAAAAUAAACAAAAACAAUGUCGCCAGAAAAAGGAAUUUUGCUCGCUUCUGUCACCGGUCACACUGCACGCCGAUCGGCCCGAUGCCAUUGGCUCAUCCGCGUACGCACCGCAUCAUGAAUUGAGGAUUUGA